UAUUUAUCAACGAUGUCAACAAACUUGCAGUCCUUUUUGUAAAUCGAGAUUUUGCUAUAUUUAAAGGAUGGAGGAUUCUGUUGACGGUUCGUGGGGCCAACUUGUGAGUGUCACAGAUGUUGACAGUCCGCCUUUCCCGCUAAUUGAAGACGAGUUUACCAUUGGUCGAGCAAAAGAUUGUGACAUAUCCUUGGCCAACAACAAGCUUGUAUCAGGUAGACACUGCCAUAUUGAAAAGGAUGCUGAAGGCCAAGUCUGGCUUUGUGACACAAGUACCAAUGGAACACUGCUGAAUGUUAGCGUGAAAAUAACAAAAGGCAGUAAAAAAGAGUUAAGUCAUGGCGAUGAGUUCUUUGUUGUCUACAAGAAGGAUGAAGAUGACAUCAAUGUGGGCUAUAUGUACCAGAAUCUGGAGGAGCUGCAGAAGGAAAUGAACGCCACACAGGAAUACAGUUCUGGAUUUGAAAUGGAGGCUACAUUAAUAGAUGACUCCAUAAACUUAGUAGAAGAGGAGAGCAGUGAGACCAGUAAGAAGAGAUCAGCUGAGGAUGAACCAAACACAUCUACAAGUGAACCCCCAACUAAACGUGUAAAGAAAGGAGAGACCAGCGGUGAGCAAGGAUCCUCUGGUACUCAGGGUGAGGUGCGAGAUAGCCAGGGGAAGACAACUCCUGAGGUCAUAGAUGAUAAGGGAAAGACACCUCCUGAGGUCAAAGAUGAUAAAGGAAAGACAACUACAGAGGACAAAGAUGAUAAGGGAAACACACCUCCUGGAGACAAAGAUGUUCAAGAGGAGAUUACUUCUGAAGACACUAAGAAGGAUUGUACCAGUAAGCCUGGGGAGGCUGCCACCAGUGUUCCCUGUGAGGAUAGACCUGAUGAGAUUGAGGAAGCUUUAAUCUGUACCAUAUGUCAGGAACUUCUGCAUGACUGCAUCAGUCUGCAGCCCUGCAUGCACUCCUUCUGUGCAGGUUGUUACUCCGACUGGAUGGAUAAAUCUAACGAAUGCCCUACAUGUCGUAUGAAGGUGGAAAGAAUCAACAAAAAUCAUAUUGUCAACAAUCUCAUAGAAGCUUACCUAAAGGAAAACCCCAAUAAAAAGAGAGAUGAAGAGGAUUUAAAGGAAUUAGAUGCCAAGAACAAAAUAUCAAGAGAUAUGUUAUAUUCAGGAAGUAAGCGUAAGGUGACCAUUUUUGACAGUUCUGAAUCAGACAGCUCUGACUCCAGUUCUCCUGUUGAAAGUCCGCCUCCAAAUACAUUCCCGUUCAGUUCUGGACCAGCUCCUUUGCUAGGGUUUGGCACACCUGUGUUUGGAACUCUCAGACCUGCCAAGACGUUGUGCAGACAAUGCCCAGAUUACAAGGAUCUGCUCAAUGCCGCUAACACCUGUACCUCAGCCACCGCCACGCCAGCCGGUACAACAGGGGUUCUUGGUGCCAUAGGAAAAUUUGCAAUGAAUGUCUUUGGAAAACAAGAUAAUCCAGCUAGUACUGCCGGGAAAGAAGGUGCUACAAAUACAGCCGCUGGGUCGGCGGAUAGUGAGGCUACGCUACCUACAGGAGACGAAGCCCAGCCCGGCCCAAGUGGAGAACAGCCUGACCCAGAUGUAAAGGUGAUGCCCACGGCCCCUGCUUACAGUUGUGCAAUAAAUCAGACACACGUUCUCUGUCAGUGCUGUCUACAACCAAUGCCAGACAGGAGAAAUGAAUACAUGACUAAUUUCCCCACAACUGUUCCUCCUCAGCAGUGUAAGUUUUACU